AUGCAAGACGACCGUCUUCCGCUGUGUAGAGUUGCAUUUGAGGGCGAACGAACAGCUCACUGGGCUCUGUUCAUCCCGGAAGAAAUUGGAAGCCACGAAGGCACUCUGGUCCAUAUUGGAGUAGAGAAGGCAGCCAGCUGCGGAUCCAAUCGCACAUCCAAGAGCACUGGCAAGGUGGAAAAGUACGUCCUCAGAUGUCACGAAUUCCGAAUGAUGGGAAGUGGUGCCCAGUCUUGCUUCCCCAUUGCCAAUGCCUAUUCCACUGAGUCUGAGCUGCGUCGAGCCGCCGAGGAGGUUUUCAAACGCAAAUCGUACAAUCUCUUGACCAACAACUGCCAGCAUUUCUGCAUCGACGUGGUUACUUACUGGCAUAAAAUAUGCCCACAGUCGGUCCCUCGUUCGGCCGUAGAGGACGUUUUGGCUCGCGCCCAAGGUGUCACCAACAUUUCUUACAUGCUUCGACGAACUCAACUCAACAAGGAGAGGACAAAGCCAGAAAACGACCGUGGUGACCGGCCACGAUUUUCUAUCGACUGA